AACGGCCAAAAGUCCCAAAUUGAGAGGCGUGGUUAGGGUUUUCAUUCAAGCCCCGACCCGCCAAAUCCCAGCUCACAAAACCAACCCUCCGUGCCGUACACUUCCUCCGAUUUUCUCUGGCAUUGUCAGCCUCUGCAUGAGCCCGAUCCAGAUCCGAACCUCCAUUACCGAAUCGGGUCUGGAUAGGCUUCGCCAAUGGCGUCCAAGGGCUCUGCCAGCAAAUCGGACCCUACGAAAGACUCUUCGGUGAUGGGGUCACAAGAAACAAGUGGAAAUGGUAAGGAGAUUUUAUCAGUCAUUGAUUCUGUAAAGAAGCAAGUUGCUGCUGACCGGUCUGUUUCCAUAAAGAAAAGAAUGGAAGAUAACAGACAGAAAUUGCUUGGUGUGUCAAACCAUUUGUAUAAAUUGUCUACGGAAGGAAGGACCAGUAGGACUAAUGAUAGUGAUAGAAGUAUAGAUCUGCUGACAAAGAGGCAGAAAGAUGCACUUGAUAUGCAUAAUGGCGUUGAUGCAAGUAAUGGGGAUAGAGAUAGCAGUAGCUCCCAAGAGGAUGCCCAUGCUUCUACAGCAGUUCUUCUAGGAUCUAAUGUUCCAGUCAAGAAUGCUGUUCGCCCUAUUAAGCUCUCAGAAGUAAAAAGAUUGCCUCCUUAUACUACAUGGAUUUUUUUGGACAGAAAUCAAAGAAUGACAGAGGAUCAGUCUGUGGUUGGUCGACGCAGAAUCUAUUAUGAUCAAAAUGGUGGUGAAGCACUAAUUUGCAGUGACAGUGAGGAGGAAUUAAUUGAUGACGAAGAGGAAAAGAGAAGUUUUGUGGAGUCUGAAGAUUACAUACUUCGCAUGACUGCUAAAGAAACUGGUUUAUCUGAUGAAGUGCUCGAAUCACUGGCACAGUGUUUUGCUCGAAGCCCUUGUGAAGUCAAGGCAAGAUACGAAAUUCUUAUUAAGGAAGAGAAGGCUGUGGGAGGUUCUAAGAACGGGGAUAAUGAAGACAUUUUGCAAAAUGGGAAUUCUUUUCUUGACAAAGAUCUUGACGCAGCUCUUGAUUCUUUUGACAACCUGUUUUGUCGUCGAUGUCUAGUUUUUGAUUGCAGAUUACAUGGAUGCUCUCAGGAUCUUGUCUUUCCUGCUGAGAAACAACCUUCAUGGUGCCCUGCAGAUGAGGAAAAUAUACCGUGUGGCCCACAUUGCUAUCGAUCUCUAAAUAUUGACUCAUGUCAGGUACUGAAGUCACAAAGAAUUGCUAGAGUGAGCUCUUCCAUGAAUGGUGAUCUUGAAGAAAAAAAUGUCCCUUCAUCUGGUUUUACUGGGACUCAGAUAUUAUCUAGAAAGAAAUCUUCUGGUCCAUCUGCUAGAAAGAGGGCCAAGUCCUGCCAAAGUGAAAGUGCUUCAUCAAAUGCAAAGAAUAUCUCAGAAAGCAGUGACUCAGAGAAUGGACCGGGGCAGGACACCACUUCUACCCACCACUCAUCACCUCCCAAAACUAAGCUUGUAGGAAAAUGUGGAAUUAGUAAGAGGAACAGCAAGCGAGUUGCCGAGCGUGUUUUAGUUUGCAUGCAGAAAAGGCAGAAGAAAAUGUUAGCUUCUGAUGAUUGUGAUUCCUUUGUGAGUGGAGGUCUUUGUCCAGGUGAUAUGAAGCCUAAAUCUAAUUCAUGUAAAGAAAAUGAAGAUACUAGUUCUUCUUCACAUAAGAAUGUGAAAUCUCCAACUAGUGGAAGGUCUAGAAGGAAGGAAUCAUCAACUCAGGAUGGUCACAAAUUUGUGCAGAGUGAUGUUCUUGAUGCUUCAUCAAAUGAUAUAAAUACUGAUCCACCUGCCACUAGUAGUGAUGACAACUUGAGGAAAGAAGAGUUUGUAGAUGAAAAUGUAUAUAAACAAGAGCUGGGUGAUAAUAAACCUUGGAAAGCUAUUGAAAAGGGCCUUUUUGAGAAAGGUGCUGAAAUUUUUGGCAGGAGCAGCUGUUUAAUUGCAAGGAACCUUUUGAACGGUAUGAAGACAUGUUGGGAUGUUUUUCAAUACAUGAAUUGCUCUGAGAGUAAGCUGUCUUGCCAAGUUGGCGAUGGUGCAAACUCUCUUGUUGAAGGCUAUUCUAAGGGUAAUAAUGAAGUGAGAAGAAGAUCAAGAUUUUUGCGUAGGAGGGGUAGGGUUCGCCGCUUGAAGUAUACCUGGAAGUCUGCUGCUUACCAUUCAAUUAGGAAGCGGAUUACUGAGAGGAAAGAUCAGCCAUGUCGGCAGUACAAUCCAUGUGGUUGCCAAACAGCUUGUGGAAAGCAAUGUGCUUGUCUUCAAAAUGGGACCUGCUGUGAAAAGUACUGUGGAUGUCCGAAGAGUUGCAAGAACCGAUUUAGAGGGUGCCAUUGUGCUAAAAGUCAAUGCCGAAGCAGGCAAUGUCCAUGCUUUGCUGCGGACAGAGAAUGUGACCCGGAUGUUUGUAGGAAUUGUUGGGUCAGUUGUGGAGAUGGUACUUUUGGGGUUCCUAGCCAAAGAGGUGAUAAUUAUGAAUGUAGAAAUAUGAAGCUUCUUCUCAAACAGCAACAGAGGGUUUUACUUGGUAGAUCUGAUGUAUCCGGUUGGGGGGCGUUCUUAAAGAAUAGUGUGGGCAAGCAUGAAUACCUUGGUGAGUACACUGGGGAGCUAAUUUCGCAUCGGGAAGCAGAUAAGCGUGGAAAGAUUUAUGACCGUGAAAAUUCAUCAUUUCUCUUCAAUCUGAAUGAUCAGUUUGUUCUUGAUGCGUACCGGAAGGGUGACAAAUUGAAGUUUGCCAACCACUCUCCAGAUCCAAAUUGUUAUGCAAAGGUUAUUAUGGUUGCUGGGGAUCACAGAGUGGGUAUAUUUGCCAAGGAACGAAUUUGUGCUGGAGAGGAACUUUUUUAUGAUUAUCGUUAUGAGCCAGACAGAGCACCUGCUUGGGCUCGAAAGCCCGAGGCAUCUGGAUCGAAAAAAGAGGACGGUGCUCCUUCAAGUGGUCGUGCUAAGAAGCUUGCUUAAUCCGAGGAUUUAUUUCUCAUUCUUAUUUUUUGUCAUUCUUUUACAGGAAGAGGCAUCAUUCGCAUUGACCAUAGAGGAAAGAAGUAUUCUUGAUCAUUUUGUUUUGGGAGAGGUCAUUGCCAUCUCCAUAGAAAACUUGAUUAUCAUCUAACAAUUCCUGUUUAUUUCAGAGCUGAUUGUACUCGCUAAAAAAAAAAAAAAAUACUAGGAGCUUAGUGAUUCAACAAUAUGAUUUCACGUCAAUAUUUUUUGUAAAGGGACAAUUGGGCCGAUCGAAUCCCUGGAUAGCCUUUUCGAAAUGUAUUUAUUAUUUUUAAAGUGAAAUCUGACGCCCCUUCAUGAAGAGAUUU